ACCGGGAAGAAUGCACGUCGCUGUGUCUCCGCCGUCCCUUUAGUUCAGCAACAGAGUGCAGUUUCCUAAACACAGAACGCUGAGUCAUUUCCCACUGCCUUACUGGGAAGGGGAAUUAUUCAUUCAUUUUAAACGCUGCCUCUUCACACCAUGUCGAUGCGAUUGGCGCUCUGAGAGCUUUGGCAACGGGACAGACACCAUUACAGGUCUUUUGAGUAAUUGACGAACCCAACCAUUACCAUGGCAUUGAUCAUCCACAUAUUGGCUGCUGUUUUUGGAAUGGGGUCCUGGAUAGCGAUCAACGGCCUCUGGGUAGAAUUACCUCUCAUUGUGCCAGAAAUACCCGAGGGCUGGUACCUCCCUUCCUACCUCACCAUCAUCAUCCAGUUUGCUAAUGUGGGGCCUUUGUUUGUCACAUUGAUGCACAAGUUCUCACCCAGAAAGCUGAAUGAGUCCGGUGUGAUCUAUGCUAUUGUCAGCUUAGGCAUUGUGGCUUCCUUUCUAUUGCCUUUCUUCUGGAAAGUGACAAGCAUGUUUGCUGGUGCAGUGCACAGCGUGGCACUCCUAGUUUUGGCGUUUUUCCUCUCAUUGGUGGACUGUACAUCUUCAGUGACCUUCCUGCCCUUCAUGACCCGCCUGCAGCCCAAGUAUCUGACCAGUUAUUUCAUCGGGGAGGGCCUCAGCGGACUGGUCCCAGGCCUUGUCGCAUUAGGCCAAGGUGUCGGAGUUGUUAGCUGCGUCAACACCACCAAAAGCACAACUGGCAAUGUGUCGUCAAACUUGACUGGUGAUGGCAGCAACAAUUACAGUGUUGUAGCUCACUACCAGCCAGCCAACUUUCCACCAGAGGUUUUCUUCUUUUUCCUCAGCGGUGUCAUGGCGCUUUGCUUGGUGGCGUUUAUUCUCCUCAACUAUCUCCCACAGUCCCGUCACCAGCGAGCAACCAGCAAAUACGUUAAACAGACAGAGGCUGCCAAUGGAGGGGCAGAGUUGAACAAAAUGGAGGUGGCAGAACAGAGGCCCAUGAUCAGUCCUUCAGACAAUCAACAUGAAGCCAAGGUGAAAGUCAAUUUUGGGACUGGGAAGUACUCAUGCUCGGAGAUGGUCCUGAUCUUCCUAGUCCUGGGAUGGGUGAACGCACUGACCAAUGCUGUCCUGCCUUCUGUCCAGUCCUACUCAUGUCUACCAUAUGGGAAUUUGGCCUAUCAUUUGUCUGCUGCCCUUGGAGCCAUGGCCAACCCACUGGCCUGUUUUAUUGCCAUGUUCUACACAAACCGAUCGCUGACGUUUAUGGGAUUUCUGACAUUAACUGGCACUGGCAUGGGAUCCUACAUCAUGGUCAUGGCAGUCCUGAGCCCAUGCCCCUGGCUGGUUCAGAGUCAGGCUGGCAGUGUUGUCAUAGUCUUGUCGUGGAUCCUAUUUGUUGGAACACUAUCGUACGUGAAGGUGAUGAUCGGCAUCAUUCUGCGUGAUGAAGGUCACAGUGCCCUCGUCUGGUGUGGAGCAGUGGUGCAGCUGGGCUCCAUGUUGGGGGCACUCACCAUGUUCCCUCUGGUCAGCAUCUACAACCUGUUCCAAUCUGGUGACCCAUGCAACACCAAGUGCUUUCUGUGACUGGCACCUACAGACAAAUGGCAAAUUAAAACAAAAGGAUAGCAAUAGACCAGAGAUUAAGGAGAACCUACAACCCGUUUUCUAGUACCGUGGGAAGAUUACAGUUUAGAUUUCAGCCGAAGCUUCUGUCUCAAGUAUUUGCCAUCCCUAGGUAACAGUAGAAUUUACUCAGGUUGGAAGGAUUUCUCCCAGUAUUAUGUGAUAAUUUCAGAGGUGAGAGUGGAGAUCAGCAGGAGCCCCAGAGAUACAAUAAUUUGCUCCCUUCAUGUCUGCAUAUUCAGGAAAGGAUGGCAACUAAAGUGAUACAUUAUUCUUGGGGUGUUUAAUUAUCAGAGAAGGUUUGAAUUCAAGUUGGUUGCUUUGUUCAACUCGUAGAAUGCUAGUUCUUCUGUUUCUGUGGAGGGGAAGUGAAAUUCAAUGGACGACUGUGUGACGAGGGAAGGAUGGAAUCAGUAGAAGAAUCUUUAUGGGACCAUUCUCUUUGGGCAAAAAUGGAAAGUAUUCUGCUCAUAUUAUAAUGCUGCAUAUUUUUAAAACAUAAAAUUAAAUAAGAUAAACUGUACCUUUCGCUGCCUUGGUCUCUGAUUUAUACCUUUCUGUUGCCUUUAUCCCAACUCUGUCAUGUCUGUAUAAGAAAUAUUUAAUGACUCAUCCUCUGGUGCUAGUUUUUGGUGAUUUUAAUUGAAUACUUGACAGAUUUUAUUUCAAACUGGCUUGGUGUACAAACUAUUACACAAUAAAGUAUCUGUCAAGAGCA